UUCGCAUCCUCCGUGUUUCGUCUGCCGCUCGUCCUUUGUUCUUCCGACCAACCAACCAACCGCCGACCGUAUCGUCCUUUAACCACCGACCGACCGACCGACUGUCAAAGGACCGACCGAAAAUUGAGAGUCACGCGCUCUUUCUCUCACUCACUCCCUCCGGUCCCGUCCGUCCCGUCCUGUCGAUCUUCUGGAAGGCUGAAAGAAGAGAGAGGCUGGGAAUAGGCCAAGCACCAUCACGAUUUUCAAGUGGCUUGGGUGACGACACCACUUGGUCAAUAGCGCAUUUGCACGCCGCCUCCACUGCCUUGGCUUUUUCCGACUGACAACACACAACACCACCACUCUCCCACCGCCCUCUGCCAACUUUCGAUCGACAACUCCUGGGCUUUUCCGUGCCCUCGACAUCGUCUUUCUCCUCGUCACUCUUUCUCUCGUUUAAUUCAGGGAUCACAACCCAACCACUGUCAAAAUGGCUGCCAACGAAAACAGCGCUCCCGAGACCACCAUCGUUCCUUUCAACGACCGAAAGGUCCUUCCUGCUUGCGCCGUCUCUUGUGGUGCCCUUUACGAUGCCAACGGCGCCUGUGUUCCUCCCAUCAUCGCCGUAGACGCCGGCCCGAGUGCUUACACACAGUGUUUCUGUCUUGAUACCCGAGUCGCUGCAUUCUCUACCGCAACCAAGGGUCCCUGCGACGACGCCUGUACUAACGACCCCAACGGCCUUUCCUCAAUCGCCGCAUGGUUCCGCGAUAUUUGCACAGUCGACGAGAACGCCAACAAGGGAAAUGGAAACGGUCAGGUCUCGUCAAAGACGACGACAACCGAUGGUUCUAGCUCGACUGGCGGCAGCAGAGCGGGCGCCAACUCUAGCGGCGGCGGUGAUUGGAUUUCGAACCACUGGCAGUGGGUGAUUAUGCUCGUCAUUCUUGUUGUCGGCAUUGCUGGAAUUUGGAUUGGUGCUUGCAUCUGGCGCCGCCGUUACCUCCGCAAGAAGGAUCGCCAGUCCUCCCUCGGCCAGAAGCACUCUGGCUCAGCAUCUCGACCAUCCUGGGGUCCCGGUAUCGAAGCCUCCGAGGCUGGCGGCAUGCCCUACAACACGGGCUACGACUCGAACCGAGAUUCGAACGGCAUGAUGCUCCCCGGCGCUGGGGCUGCCGCCGUUGUCGAGGAGAAGCCCAAAAAGGAGAAGAAGCGAUGGAUCGUCCGUGACCGAACAUGAGUCCAGUGCUCGAUCUUGCGCCACGUCUUGUUUCCCUUUUUUUUCACGACUCUCCUUACCAACGUCCGAUUCAAAACAGCAACAUCCUGUGCAUCUCACGAUAUAAACCGUGCAUUUAUCUAUACGGCCGUACUUUCCGACACCCUCAAUUACCUAUGAUUUGACCAGCUGGGGAUAAAACCCAGCACUUUACAGAAGGGAGGAAACACAAGUCACGCAUGACAAGACAUGAGCAGCUGUCUCGAAUCGCGUAACCCUGAGACAGGACCAGAGCAUGACUUGUGGUUGCAUCCUCUACUUCCCUUUGUGGCACGUGAGCCACGCUUGCUUUAUUUUGACAUUAUCUUUGUUUGUUUUCGGUGGCGUUUCAGUGUCUUUUGGAUAUCCGGCGUUGCUGGGAGAGGCGCAGCCCGCUGGUUUUUUUGGUGGCCGCCACCAUUGAACUACUCCACGCUUUCAAAGGCGUGGUUGGAAUGCAGGGCUUGGCACCAUGGGGAAAAUGAUUUGUCUUGUUUUUAUUCAACCCGGCAUAACGGAAGUUGCUCGUGGACAUUGGUGCCACAUAUUGAUGGCCUCUCAGGUUUGAGGGCAAGGGGCAUGGGAGUCUAUCCUUGACAUACAAUCCUACUAUUUUCAAGCCGUU